GUGACUGGGGACAGGACGGCGAGCGUGGCACGUGGUCUCAGGGUCAGGGCGUCAGGUGUGUCACGUGACCUGAGGACGGCACGUCGUGCGUGACACGUGACCUGUGGCUGCUGGCGUCACGACCAGGAAGUGAAGAUGUGGCUGAUGAUGCUGGCGAUGGCGGUGGUCGUCCUGGGCGCUCCCAGAGAGCAGAUCUGCGGAUAUGACAAAUGUCCGACGGGUAAGCCGGACAUGUUGAACGUACACCUGGUGCCACACACUCACGACGACGUGGGCUGGCUGAAGACCGUCGACCAGUACUUCUACGGAGCCAAGAAUGACAUACAACGGGCCGGCGUCCAGUACAUCUUGGACUCCGUCAUUGACGAACUGGUCAAGGAUUCUUCAAGACGUUUCAUAUACGUGGAGACGGCGUUCUUCUGGCGCUGGUACCUGCAGCAGGACAAGCAGACGAUCGCCACUGUGGAGAACCUCGUCAACGAGGGACGGCUCGAAUUUAUCGGCGGCGGCUGGAGCAUGAACGACGAGGCCUGCGUCCACUACAACGCCGUCAUCGACCAAAUGUCGCUCGGCAUGAGGACAUUGUUUGACCAUUUCGGUACCUGCGGCAUCCCCCGGGUGGCGUGGCAGAUCGAUCCCUUCGGCCACACCAAGGAGCAGGCCAACCUGUUCGCCCAGAUGGGCUUCGACGGCCUGUUCUUCGCCCGGAUUGACUACGACGACCGAAAAAGGCGGAUCAACGACACCGACAUGGAGAUGGUGUGGCAGGCGGACCACAACCAAGGUGCCGAGGGAGACCUCUUCACUGGCGUCCUGUACCGCCACUAUUCUCCGCCCCCUGGACACUGCUACGACGUGAACUGCAACGAUCCGCCCAUCAUGGACGACUCGCGGCUCCGGGAUUACAAUGUCGAGGACAAGGUGAACAACUUCAUCGACUUCGCGAAGAACAAAUCGAAGGCCUACCGAAGUGGUCAUAUCAUGAUGACCAUGGGCGACGAUUUCAACUACCAAGACGCCAAUAUGUGGUUCAAAAAUAUGGACAAGCUCAUCAAGUACGUCAACGCGCGUCAAAGCGACGGUGAGACAGUGAACCUGAUGUACUCCACGCCCUCCUGCUACCUGAAGGCUCUGCACGACAGUGGACUCGUCUGGCCCACCUUUCAGGACGACUUCAUGCCGUAUGCCAGUGAUCCGUGGGCUUACUGGAGUGGCUACUUCACCUCACGGCCCGCGCAGAAGGGCUACAUCCGCAAGUCCAACAACUUCCUCCAGGUCUGCAAGCAGCUUUCGGCGAUGUUCCAAACGGAGGACACCACGGCGAAACCCAGCCGCGUAGACCUGCUGCGGAACGCCAUGGGAAUCAACCAGCACCACGACGCCGUUACAGGCACUGAGAAGCAACACGUCGCAGAUGACUAUGUCCAGCGAUUGAGCGAGGCCACGGAGUCCUGCCAGGGGGUCGUCAACGACGCUCUGGUCCGGGCGGGCCUGCCCCCGCAGACGUUCUGCAAUCAGCUGAACACGUCCACGUGUCACGUAACCGAGCGGAGCAGCAAGUUCGUGGCGUACGUGUACAACCCGCUGUCACGGAGCGUCAGCCCCUGGGUUCGAAUCCCGGUGGCCGGACAGUCUGCCAUCGUGGUGAACGAGCAAGGCGCGACCAUUGACAGCGAGCUCAUCCCCAUUCCGGCCGGGGUCCAGGACCUCCCUGGCCGGGAUUCGACAGCCAACGUUGAACUUGUGUUCCAGGCCUCUACGCUACCGCCUCUCGGCUUCAAGGCUUACUACGUUCGGGUGUUUUCGUAUGGGACCGCCUCGCAGCACGCCUCAGAGCGUCCCGGUCUGCAAACGCUCUCAAAUGGUCACGUGACACUCGACCUUGACCCCAAGACCCUCCGGCUCGGCAGAAUGCGCGCUGGAAAUGCUGAUGUCAAGGUGGAUCAGAACUUCAUGUGGUACGAGGGGUAUGGCAGCCCCAACAACACACCGUGGCAGCCGAAGCACAGACCCAGUGGGGCCUACGUCUUCCACCCGAAAGGAAGGGCUAAGCCAAUGAAGGCAACGUCAGUGGUGACGCUGGACGGAGCUCUGGUGAAGGAGUACCGACACACGUUCGACAUGGACUGGGUCUCCCAGGUGACCCGGCUCUACAAGGACGAGCCCUUCGCUGAGGUCGAGUGGAUGGUCGGGCCCAUUCCCAUCGAGGACGGCGUCGCCAAGGAGGUGAUCAGCCGCUUCAGCAGCGCCAUCAACUCUACCGACACCUUCUACACAGACUCCAACGGACGCCAGAUGAUGAAGCGUCGUCGUGACCACCGUGAUGCGUGGACCCUGAACGUCACGGAGCCGGUGGCCGGAAACUACUUCCCGGUUAACUCACGGAUCUUCAUCAAAGACGCCGACAGCCAGCUGACCGUACUUACCGAUCGGUCGCAAGGUGGCAGCAGUCUCGCCAGUGGCCAGCUGGAACUGAUGCUGCACCGCCGCACGGUGCAGGACGACGCGUUCGGCGUGGGCGAGCCGCUGAACGAGACCGAGUUCGGCGUGGGUCUGGUGGUGCGCGGUCGUCACUGGGUGGUGGUCAGCGACCCGGCCGACGCCCCAAGCUACAUCGCGACCUCGCCGAAACAGAUGUUCAUGGCGCCCCAGCUGAGCUUUGCUCCAGCGCCAAUGAUGACCAUGAUGCAGUGGCUCAGCAGUACCACUGGUCAAACAGUUCAGUUCCAGCUCUGUGUGCUACAGUUCACAGGCAUGCGGCCGCUGCCUGCCAACGUGCACCUGCUGACGCUGGAGAUGUACAAGCCGAACCAGCUGCUGAUCCGACUGGAGCACCAUUCCAGGCCGACGAGGAUCCCGUGCUCAGAUCUGUUCACCACCCUGAACGUGACGUCAGUGGAGGAGUUCGGCCUGUCGGCUGACAGGCCUCUGAAGGACAUCAACCGCUUCCACUGGGAUCACAUGCGGUCCAACCGGCUGCCCACGAGCUUCCGAAGCCCUGCAUCUUGGGCGUACCGCGGCAAAAACGGCGAAAACGACCUGCUCACGGUCUGCAAGCAGCUUUCGGCGAUGUUCCAAACGGAGGACACCACGGCGAAACCCAGCCGCGUAGACCUGCUGCGGAACGCCAUGGGAAUCAACCAGCACCACGACGCCGUUACAGCCGGGCGGGCCUGGCCGCAGACGUUCUGCAAUCAGCUGAACACGUCCACGUGUCACGUAACCGAGCGGAGCAGCAAGUUCGUGGCGUACGUGUACAACCCGCUGUCACGGAGCGUCAGCCCCUGGGUUCGAAUCCCGGUGGCCGGACAGUCUGCCAUCGUGGUGAACGAGCAAGGCCUCACGCUACCGCCUCUCGGCUUCAAAAUGCGCGCUGGAAAUGCUGAUGUCAAGGUGGAUCAGAACUUCAUGUGGUACGAGGGGUAUGGCAGCCCCAACAACACACCGUGGCAGCCGAAGCACAGACCCAGUGGGGCCUACGUCUUCCACCCGAAAGGAAGGGCUAAGCCAAUGAAGGCAACGGUGACCCGGCUCUACAAGGACGAGCCCUUCGCUGAGGUCGAGUGGAUGGUCGGGCCCAUUCCCAUCGAGGACAGCGUCGCCAAGGAGGUGAUCAGCCGCUUCAGCAGCGCCAUCAACUCUACCGACAACUUCUACACAGACUCCAACGGACGCCAGAUGAUGAAGCCUGCACCGCCGCACGGUGCAGGACGAACGCGUUCGGCGUGGGCGAAGCCGCUGAACGAGACCGAGUUCGGCGUGGGUCUGGUGGUGCGCGGUCGUCACUGGCUACAUCGCGACCUCGCCGAACAGAUGUUCAUGGCGCCCCAGCUGAGCUUUGCUCCAGCGCCAAUGAUGACCAUGAUGCAGUGGCUCAGCAGUACCACUGUCAAACAGUUCACAGGCAUGCGGCCGCUGCCUGCCAACGUGCACCUGCUGACGCUGGAGAUGUACAAGCCGAACCAGCUGCUGAUCCGACUGGAGCACCAAUUCCAGGCCGACGAGGAUCCCGUGCUCAGCAAACCUGUCGACGUUAACCUCAAGGAUCUGUUCACCACCCUGAACGUGACGUCAGUGGAGGAGUUCGGCCUGUCGGCUGACAGGCCUCUGAAGGACAUCAACCGCUUCCACUGGGAUCACAUGCGGUCCAACCGGCUGCCCACGAGCUUCCGAAGCCCUGCAUCUUGGGCGUACCGCGGCAAAAACGGCGAAAACGACCUGCUCACGGGUGACGCUGAACCCAAUGGAGAUCCGCACGUUUGUGGCAUCGUACCAGAGCCCGUGAACCCCGGUGAACCCCCUUGA